AUGGACUUCAAUCCCCGAUUUGGUGAUGUGCGGCGGAUGAGUGAGCAGGCCGUGCUGGACCAUAUUAACGAUCGCACUGAAUCCCGAAAGUAUCCUGCACAGAAGCUCAGACGGCUGGAAAGCCUUUUAGAGGUUCCUGAUCAUGUCCUCGCUUGCCAGGCUCUUUUCCAAGGGUUUAUCUUCCCCGAAAAGGACGGAUUCAGCGUGACAUGCUAUUUGGCCCGCGAUUCCAAACCCUUCUACGGAGUCAUGGUAGCCAAGACGAUUCCAAAAGGAAAAGACGAGUGCAUCAUGAUGAUUGCUCCAAGCGAUAGACACAUGCCUGAGUGGCUAACAGAGGUGCAGUUCUUGCCUGAAGGGAAGUAUAAAGAUUUGGGUAUUGAGACCAGGUGUGGCGCCGUCUUGAGCGAGCACGGGCUCCUCCAGCUCUUCUUCUGCCGGAGAGAGGCUGUAGAGUGCACCUCUGAUAGCAGCAGCGACAGGUAUAGCACGACUACCUCGUACAAGCUGUCCACGUCCGCCGACCUUCAGGCGCUCGUGCAGGAGCUGCGGCCAUUGCGACGAUUCUGGCGCCUUCACGCCGAGCAGUGCGCUGCUUGGAACAAGGUUGAACACAAGCACUUCCCCUCAUCCCCUACUGACACUCCCAAGCAGAAGAGGAGAGCUAGUCAGGCUAAAGUCAAAUGGUGGGAUACGCGUGGCCGGAAAGCCGUAACAGCCGGGAUGGCCGCUCCGUAUGUGCCGCUUGUCGCCCCCAUAGAAACCCACCACUCCGCCCUGCUGGCUUGGUUCGUGCGUCUUGGGGCCUUGUUUCCUGCCUCCCACGGCUUUGUCUACUCCUUCUUUCAGUACAGCGUUGGCGAAGACCAGCCAGACGAGAAGGCAAGAACGAGAUACAAGUGUGUUCGGAUCGGCAGAAAGCAGGAGAAUGGCCGCGUGGCUGCCGUGAUGACCGCGAUUCUGAUGUCCAGGUGCUACUACACCCAGAAAAUGAGGCCUCUCGACCUCAUUACGCAGCAGCAGGUCUGGUGCACCGAGGCCGAGGUGCUGUGUCAGACCGGUCGGCCAGCUUACCUCGCCACCAUCGAGCCUGCUUCGGGGGAGCUCACGGUUUAUGAGAUCCCGGACCCGCUGGGCCCUUUUAUCCCUGUUGAGCGGCGCUUCCUGACGUCCUGCAACACAAGCAGCUCGUCGGAGCGGCUGCAUACACGCCUCUAUCUCAAGGAAAUCUUCAAGAAGAUCACCAGAGAUCGAGUUCGUUUUGUGGAGCCGGAGGUUGAGCCAGUUGGGAAGAGAGAACGCUACGCCGCGAAGCUCAAGUCGCUGGUGACGCUUUCAUAG